GUGCUAUUUUUAAUUAAUUAAAAAUAUAUAAUUGGCGACUGAAGAUUAAAGAAAUAGACUUUAUACUGUUCGAAUUAUUUCGGUUCUUUACAUUUAGCUAAUGAUACAACUUGUUAUGAUUUUUAUAACAUAACAAUGAAUUUUGAUUGGUUCCUUUAUAGACUUGUGAUUUAAAGGAAUUAAAGUUUUUCAUUCUGCCGUUGAUAGCCGAAAACUAAUGUGGUGUUUUCUGUUAGAAGUUCAUCCUGUGAGGCAUGGCAACUACAUUUGAUUUAUCUGAACUUUGAAACUUUUGUAACUUUAUUUUUCGUAAGUACUUAUUUUGUAGGUUAAUUUUCCUUUUUUAAUUUUUUAUCAAGUCAUUUGUUGCAAGAAUUUAUUAUUUUUUCAAGUUGCCGUGUCUUACACAGGAGGCUUAUUAUGCCUGUAACCCGAAAUAAAGCAAGAAAAAAUUAUAAAUUAAUAAGUGAAUUUGGUUUUGGUCAUGAGGACGUACUCGAUGUGUCGGACCCGACAUCUGAUAUUUUUGAUCAUGAGACUACACCUGACGAUGAAGUAGAUAGGUUGGAACAUCGAAUCCAUAAUUUAGAAGUAAGCAUUUCCGAAAAAGAAAGAAAGCUUGAAAAAGCCGAUUUUGAAAAACAGGGGGCAAUUCCAAAAACGCGCUUGAAAAGUAAAUAUGUGGAGUCGAGUAAUCUUAAUGAUUUAGUCAAGGAGAAAGGUGUAGGCGAUAAUUCUAGCAGACCGCGCCAGCUCCAGUCGAGUGCACCUAAAGUAAAGUCAACUGAAACAGCCGGUAAGAAGACAAAACCAGCGAAAAGGAAAGACUCCAGGGACUCAAAAAGUUUUAAAAAGAAGGAUUCUAGGUCUACUCUGGUGUGCGAUUUCAUAGCCAAGCAUGUUAAAACUAUUAGAAGGUGUCACUUGCAAGCCUUUCCUGGAGCAAAUAUUUGGGACAUAAUAAAUUUGCUUAAUUGUGGAACAAUUCAGGUAAAUUAUGAUAUAAUUCUGGUGCAUGUAGGAACCAAUAAUGUUGGUACCUAUGAGGUUGCUGAUUUUGAUAUAGCCUAUAACGUGCUUAUCUCUACAAUUGAGAAAUUAGUUAAGCCACAUACUGUAAUAGUUAUGUCAGCAAUUAUUCCACGUUUACUUGAUUUUCAGAAUACAUGUUAUUUUGUCACCACUAUUAAUUCUAGAUUAAGAAGUUUAUGCUUUAAACGUGGUGUUCAGUUUGUAGCUACUUAUAAACCUUUUUUGAAGUUUGGGAUGCCAGUUUGUGAACUUUAUUCACCCAUCUGUAGGUUACAUUUGAAUUAUUUUGGUAAUUUAAAGUUGACAAAUUUUUUUGUUCAAGUAUUGGCACAUUGUUAAACAAGAGGAUGUUUAGUCUCAUCUUGUUACUUUUAAACAGAAGGAGCAAUCUUAUUCUGUACCAAUUUUGUUUAAUUGUGCUUACAGUAGUGGGUGAUUUGUAUAUAUCCUUUUUGGGUUAUUUUGUUUUCUGACCAUUCUUGUCAGAAAGAUCUGACCAUUCAUGUCAGUAGUAUUUUUUUUGAUAUCUGACCAUUCAUGUCGGUAUUAUCAUAUUUUUGUUAGAAAUAUCUGACCAUUCAUGUCAGUGAUAUUUUCUGAUUUCUGACCAUUCAUGUCAGUAUUAUUAUUAUUUUUGUUUUCAUUCUGAUCUUUGUAUAAGCUGAAACAUGGCUUUAAAUGAGCCCUAUAACUUAAAUUGUUUUUAACUUUUGUUUAUUAUCAAUCAAUGUGCUUUGUUUACUGUUUGGCCGUUGGUUUUUUGGUGUUGAACAUUGAUUGAAUUAACUUUAACGUCUAUUAUUGUUUUUUCAUAUGAAAUUGUAAUAAUUUUGCCAAAAUUAAAUGUUUUAUUUUAAUUCGCUUUAAUCAUUUCUUAGCAUUUAAUUAGUAUUGCUUUGCAUCCAGUCGUCUCAUGGUUUAUAUAUCUGCGUCUAUUUACUUCGUAAGAGCAAAUUGUGCUAUUUUUAAUUAAUUAAAAAUAUAUAAUUGGCGACUGAAGAUUAAAGAAAUAGACUUUAUACUGUUCGAAUUAUUUCGGUUCUUUACAUUUAGCUAAUGAUACAACUUGUUAUGAUUUUUAUAACAUAACAAUGAAUUUUGAUUGGUUCCUUUAUAGACUUGUGAUUUAAAGGAAUUAAAGUUUUUCAUUCUGCCGUUGAUAGCCGAAAACUAACCCUCCCAUUAUUUAUCCCACCCAAUAUUUAUGAUCAGUAGUUUCAUUCUCAUUUUCUGUGGAAGUUUUAUUUUUCAGCGUAUGUUCCUUGCUGAUUUGUUACUGUGGAUAGACGAAUUUACAAUGUAAUUGAGUGAUUAAAGGACGAUCGAGCAACUUAGUUUAAUAUACCUGAUAAUUUUGAUUCGGAUUAUUUCGUAAUGGAUUCAGAAAUUUCAGAUUUAUUGUUACCCGCUGGAUAUAGACGUGUGAGCAAAGUGUUGUUGAUAAAUGGUGCUGAACAUUGAUUGAAUUAACUUUAACGUCUAUUAUUGUUUUUUCAUAUGAAAUUGUAAUAAUUUUGCCAAAAUUAAAUGUUUUAUUUUAA